AUCUAGUUACGUUUUAGUGUUAGAUACAUCCGUAUCUAGACAAAUCUAAGACAAGAAUUUUGGGACGGAGGGAGUAUAUAAUUCAGUUAGCCUUUGCUGUCAGUAUAUGUUCGAUUUUCACUUCUGAAUGUCCGAUCAAUCGUUUAAUAUUUAGCUACAGAAAAUUACACCAGUCGGUAGAAAAACAAUGAGCGUUCUUGUUACAGGCUAAAGCUGUUUCAGUAGUAGUUGCCUGAGGAGAUUUUUCUUCUUCUCUAGCAAGUAGCAAGUCACGGGAAGAGGGCUCCAGGCCCCCGCGUCGCCCCUGGGAGCGACUCGGGUGGCGAAACCCUAGCCGCCACCCAAGCCCCCUCCCUCCCCUCCCUCCCCUCGCCGCCGCCGGAGGAUGCCGGCGGGCGAAGCCCACGCCGGUGGACGGCGGCGGCGGGGCCCUUGUUCGCGUGCUCGCGCGCAGGUGUUGGGCGCGCUGGAGCGGCGGGAGCGUGCGGUGGCGCAGCGGACGGCGGUCUGCGCGCAGGGGUGGUCGAGAUGGCGCGGUGGAGCUGCCUGGCGACGGCUGGCCGCUGCGGCGAGCGGCAGAGCUGCAGGCGCCCAGAUCUGGGCCGCGCGGGCCCGUACUGGCCCGCGUCAACCACUCUGCCCCUGCUCACCCUUCUCCCUCCUCCCACCCCUCCCGGCCGCCGCCAGUGGUCGCUGCUGGGUUGGUGAGCACGCGCGCGGCAACUCCGACGGUUGCUGCGAUGCUGUGCCCCGGCGGAUCCUGGUGGCGGAGGCUGCGGGCUGGCGCAGCGGCGGCGCGGUGCAGGUGACUGCUGUCGCCUGCUGGACGCGCUCCCGGCGGUGGCCGGCCUGCUGGCGCUGUGCUGGCCGGUGCCCACUUCUGCGACUGUCGACGUUCCUAGGCUUCCCUCCUCCAUGUGUGUCUGUCUUCUCCGGCGUUCUCUGCCAUGUCCAGUCUGAAUCUGCAUCUGAGGUCCUUGCUCAUGGGUCGGGGCGAAAUCCCCGCGCGGCGAUAGCCUGCGCUGUCAACGGCGACGCCCGAGGGCGCCGUCACCUCCUUGGAGGCGUUGGCAUGACCCUGACCGGGCCUCCUCCUAGAGCACCGGGAGAAAUCGUAGGUCCGGCCUCCCGGACUGGGCAGCGGCGGCGUCUCUACGCCGUUACCCUCUUGAUGGCGCUGCUUUGGCUGCAUGCGGAGUUUGAUGCGGCAGAUGGUGGCUGGUGAUGCAUCGCUCUGGUGUCGACGGCUGCACAGGGAGCAGGUCGCAACGUAUGCCAGCGCCGGCGCUCCCCAGUUCCUGUCAGGCCCUGCCUUUCACCCGCUGACUCCUAGGCACAUGGGUGUGUGGUACGUUGGUCUGGCAAGAGCUGCAAUCGUCCCUGGUGGUGUCUUGCAAUGGCGGUGAUGCUGCCCUGUUGCUCCGAGUCUCUGCGCCUCGCCAUCUUUGGCUGGAGGUCUGGCUGGGCGAGGCCUAAUGUCGUUGUGUGUUGUAGUUGAGGGCACCUCCUUACCUAGUUGUAGUCGCUUGGUGAGGACGGUCGUGUGUGUGUGUGUGUGUGUGUGUGUGUGUGUGUGAGUGUCCCUCCUUCCUGGAGGUUGUACCCCCGAUGUCUUCCUGUUCAAUGCAAUGAAACGCAAACUCUUUUGCGUUUUCUCGAAAAAAAAAGUAGCAAGUCACUGUGCUAGCAUCUUGCUCUUGUAUUUGUUGAAACUCUCACACUAACUAGGU